CAUACAGAUCACAUUCCCCCCACAUUACUAUUCGUCACGUUUACGAUCACGAUCACGAUUCCAAUCCAUUUUCCUUGACUUCUCUUUCACUCUCUCUCCCUCUUGGGCUCAAACACUUUUCGCCCCAGUUCGAAUUUAAUUGAACUUAAUUUUUAAACUCGACUUGCAAUCUUUCUUCUUCUAACAUACUGGCCUCACUGUCCCCGAUCGUUCCCUUUCGUGUCUUCGGAUCUUUCUCCUGCUCGGCCGCAUCCGUCACCCCGCCUAUCCAGUCCUCCUCCGCUGGUGACCGCUCGUCCUUUUUCUGAGCUGUCUCAGUAGCUAGUACAUCCAUGGAUAACGCAAACCUCUGGACCCGAAGAUCUAACGCUUCCAAGCUGUCCCUGUCGAUGACAGGGUCGGACGGCGCUAGAGUUGAACCCCCCCGCGCCUCGAAACGCUUCGGCCCAGAUAGCUCCCACGGUGGUCGAUCCAACCCUUUCAACGCCCUGUCGCCUUUGUCUGGUGGCGUCUCCUCACCCUCGACAAACGCUUCCUCCGCAUUCGGCCUGGGCUCCGGCGCUUUCGCGUCUUUUGGAGCUCCCAAGACCCCCGGUGCUUCCGACCUCAAAACUCCUGGAUUUGAAAAACGCGAAAAUCCUGUCGAUCAGGAACUGGCCGCGGAGAGCGCCAAAGCCAAGGCUGCACUCGCCGCGAUCAAAGAGCAUCCACUCAAGUCCACAUGGGUGAUCUGGUACCGCCCGCCGACUCCGAAGUACUCCGAUUACGAAAAGUCCACCGUCCCUCUUGCGGCAAUAUCCUCGGUCGAGAGCUUCUGGUCCGUGUACUCGCACCUCAAGAGACCCUCUCUCCUUCCUACCGUCUCCGACUAUCAUAUCUUCAAGAAGGGCAUUCGUCCCGUCUGGGAGGACGAUGCCAACAAAAAGGGUGGCAAGUGGGUGGUGCGGUUGAAGAAGGGCGUGGCGGACCGGUACUGGGAGGAUCUGCUCUUGGCUAUGGUUGGAGACCAGUUUGCGGAAGCAGGCGACGAGGUUUGCGGAGCUGUUCUGAGUGUGCGUAGUGGGGAGGAUGUGCUGAAUGUGUGGACUCGGAUCGAUGGGGGACGGAACAUCAAGAUUCGUGAAACUAUCAAGCGUCUACUCAACUUCCCUUCCGACACCAACAUUGUUUGGAAGAGUCACGACGACAGCAUUGCUCAACGUUCGGCGAUCGAUCAGGCUCGCCAGGACAAGGCCACUGGCAGCACAGGGCACCAUCACCACCAUCAUCACCACAACAACCAACAACAUCACCAUCAGCAGCAGCUAGGCGGUGAUCGCCGACGAACGGGGGCCACCGAUGAGUCGGAUAUGAAAGGCAAGGCGGCGUUCUCUUGAUCGUCCUGCUUUCUCCUACUCACUUCUUUCUCUUUUCUCUCUUUUCAGCCAGCCUGGGUCAUAUGGGUCAUGUAUAGUAAAAAAAGGAAACCUUUUUUUUCUUCGCACAAAACUCAUUGGGACGAAUUGGGAUCGGGGGCAU